AUGCUUAAAUAAUAAAAGUCAGAAUUUUGUGAUUAAAAAAAUAUUGAUGUUGGUUAAAAUCAUUUUGAUUCAUUUAGACAAUAAUAUGGAAGAAGAAGAAUUUGCGAUAAAAUUUUCUUCUAGAAAAAAUGCUUUAAUAGAAAAAAUAAAAAAGUAGAUUGCUUUUGCAUGAGUUAAAUAGAUUUGAUAAUUAUACCAAUUACACUAAAUUAAAUUCUCCAGCUAUAAGUAUUACUAAUUUUAAAUUCACUUAGAACAUGAAGAUGAAAAUUUUUUUUUAAAAAUUAUCAUUUGAUAAAUUAAUACCUUGGUUUUGAGUUUUUGCAAAAUCUCCUGUUCAAGCUAUUAUUACAAUAUAAUUAUUCUAACUAAAUUAAUAGCUGUUAAUAAGAAUUAAUUAGCUCUGAAAUUAAAGAGUUAAAGGAGAAAUCUGUUUAUGUUAAUAUAAAUUUAAGACUAUAAGGAUAAUAAAAAAUUAUUACGCAUUAUAGACGAGUAUUCAUAUUCAUAGAAAGCAAAUUUGUUAGAUUUAUCAGAUGUAUAAAAGUAUUAGAUAUUAGGCAUUUAAAUUAAUAUUUUAAAGUGUUAAGUUGUUAUUGAAUUAAUGGCAAAAAUGCCUAUUACUAUGAAUUAUGAGCUAUUCUUUCAGAAUAAACUAAUUAUUUAAGUAGACUGA